GGCCAGCGAGAUAGCAAACAAACCGGUUCACUCUGGCGUCAUCCGAAAAUACAGCUGUGUCGACGACUAACAUGGAACUCAGUUCUGUGGGCGAAAGGGUGUUCGCCGCCGAAUGUAUACAGAAGAAGCGCAUAAGAAAGGUAAAAAAGGACGCGAAAUGGCUCGCGCACCGUAGCGACGAUGUCGACUAACCAGAUGCCUUCUUACAGGGCCGAGUGGAGUACCUCGUCAAGUGGAAAGGUUGGAGUCCAAAAUACAACACUUGGGAACCGGAAGAGAACAUUUUGGACGUUAGGUUGCUGGAAGCCUUCGAAGCGAGCCAAAAAGAACGAGACUCGACCAAGAAAGGACCAAAACCCAAGAAGGAACGAACGCAGGUGGGUGACAUUUCGGGCUCCGCGCCGUCGCCGCUCGGCGACGCCGACUAAACUCUCUUUGUUUUGUCUCGGGCAGAGUUGCGGCGAGGCCGCGGACGGACGACCGGCGACGGAAGCCACCAAACUAGAGACGGCGCAAGAUCAGCAGCAACCUCAACAGGCGGGCGCGACGCGGGGCGCCUCCGCCGCCACGCCCCGCGACGAGUCGAGCGUCGAUGGAAGCGAAACGUGCGAAGCGACGGCCAAGAAGGAGGCGACCAAAAGGAAGAACGGAGACUGCGCCAAGGAGCAGCUCUCGGAUCCGGCCGUGCUGCGGGCGGUCGGCGUGGUGCCGACCGGAAGACGGGAGGAGACGGUGGUUCCGGCCGUCAAGAUGGCCAAGGUGACGAAAGAGGCGGUGCCCGAAUCGGCGCCGGAGUCCACCGUCGACGGCGGCGCCGACGCGUCGCCCGAGACGCCGGCGGCGGCGGCUAAGCGCGCCGCCGCCGGCAAGACCGCGUCCAAAAGCGGCCAACAACAGACUGCGGCGCCCGGCGGACGAGUGCAAGAGGAGGCGCAACCGCCGCCGCCGCCUCCGCCGUCGUCGGCGCCCGCCACGCAGCACAAGUCUGUGUCGACGCAGAUAGGAGCGGGCGACGAGCGAUCGGCGCCGAAAGGCGCGGACGACUCGAGAAAGAGCGCGCCGACCGGCGGCCCGGAAGAGGGCGCCAAGGACGACAACUCGGACCGCGAGAACGUGGACGAGACGGCCGAGAAGAACGAAGUUUCGGUUCGGGCGGCGCCCCGGGCCGACGGACAGAAGACGCUGCUGCAGUCGAAGAACGUCAACGCGUCGGCCGCGUUGCCCGUCAGUCCCGCUCUCGGCGGCAAGUGCCAUCCUCCCAGUCCCCCGGACUUCUGGCGGAAACAAAACUCUUUGGUCGACCAGAUUUUCAUCACCGACGUUACCGCCAACCUGGUCACCGUCACCGUGCGCGAGUGCCGCACCAGUUUCGGAUUUUUCCGCGACAGAGGGCGGGACGACGCCGACGACCGGAAGACCGAAGACGUCAAAUAGAAGGAGCGGCGCCUCCGUCUGUGAUUGGACGUUUUUGGCGGAAGAGUGCACCGCGCGCUCUUCGUCCGUCGCCCAACGAAACGCCCGGAGAGAAGAAAAUUCGCAGGACCUUGCCGAAGAAACGCUAAAAAAAUGUUGAAAAAUAUAUAAUUAUUUUUUCAUCUUUUCUGUCCGAAAACGUCGGCGCGACCGCGGCAGAAGGAAAGGAAGAGCGGAGGACGUUCCGCAAGUGGACGGUCGAGAAUUCUUUAAAAAACAAACUAGCUUCCGGCCCGGUCGGUUCCCCGAAAUCCUCGUGUGCCUGAGCCAGUGAUAAAACGCAACAAAAAAUAAUCGACUGUAAAUAUAAAAAGUGUAAAGAAAAAAUUCUUCGAGGAAUCGGGCUGUAUUUUGCUGCUUUGUGCUUUUUUUCCACCGGUUAUUUAACCCCCCCACACACACACACACAAGAGCUGUAUACGUGAAUAUACAGAUGGAUGUUCCUAGAUUCGCCUCGUUCUAUACAUCUUUAUCGUUAUUUUUACCGAAAUUCCAACGACUUAGAUUAUUUUCCAUGAACUUUUUAAAAAAAAUUAGUUUUAUUCCCCUUACGAGCGAUGCGUAACCAUGGCAGCUACGUCCGUAGAAUAUUUUCUUUGCAUUGGUGGAUCGUUUGUUGUACAGGAAUUAUAAAAAUAGAUCUGUUUAAAACUU